AUGAUUGGAGAUUUCUGGCUUGGGAAUGACUUGAUAUAUAACCUGACUUUGAUGGGGUACAAUGAACUGAGAAUCGACAUGAUUCGAAAAGGUAAAAAGUACUACACCCAUUACGAUUAUUUCAAGGUAGACAACGAAGCAGCGUCGUAUAAAAUAUACAUGUCGUCAUUCAGUGGAAAUGUCAAAGACUAUCUAAAAUAUCAUCAUGGUAUGAAGUUUUCUACCAUCGACAGGGACAAUGAUAUAACCAGCACAGAUUGUGCUGGACUUUGUAAAGGUGGUUGGUGGUAUUACAACUGUAGACUGGUAGCUUUAAAUGGUGUCUGGGGUACAACAGACACAGAUACAGAAAUAUACUGGCUCGAGCUAUCAAGUGAUGGACAUAUUGCAGACUCUGUUGAGAUGAAAGUACGUCAAGUGUAA